CCUCUUCUGCCUCCUCGUCAGCUGCGUCGUCAAGACACGCGGCGGUUCCCGCUGGAACAACCUGCACCUGCCGGGCUCUCCGUACGACAACGUGACGCUGCUGCACAUGGUCGUCGUGGUGUCCGUCUACUGCCUGAUCUACGCGCUCUUCGUCUGGUACCUGGACAACGUCUGGCCCUGGCAGUACGGCAUACCCAAGGAACCUCUCUUCUGCUUCAAGUGGCGCUACUGGCAGCCGCCUUCUUUUCACUCUAUGAAGACGGAAGCUUGCUCGGACUCGCCAGACACCGACGUCCUCGUGGAGGCGCAGGAGAAGAGGGCACUUCCGGGCAUCGCGCUUUACAACGUCACCAAGGCGUACAGCCGACUGGUGGCCGUGCGGCACGUAAGCCUCCAGGCGUACCCGGGCGACGUGACGGUGCUGCUGGGCCGCAACGGCGCCGGCAAGACGACUCUGCUGCGCCUAAUCACGGGCCUGGAGCAGGCCACCGAGGGCACCGUCAUCGUGGGUGGGCACGACGUGGCCACGGACACGGACUCGGCGAGACGCUCCAUGGGCUUCUGCCCGCAGGAGAACAUCCUCUUUCCGGGGCUCACGGUCCUGGAGCAUCUGCAGCUUUUCGCAAGAGUCCGUCGCAACGAAUGGGCUCUGGCGAACACCAAGAUCGACGACAUCCUCGUAGCCUUCUCCCUGGACGCCAAGCGCGACGCUCUGGCCAGUUCUCUUUCGUGGGGCAUGAAGCGGAAGCUGCAGCUGGGAAUCGCCAUUGUCGGGGACCCGUUGACGGUAGUCCUGGACGAACCGACGUCUGGAGCAGACCCGGAGUGCAAAGGGGCGUUGUGGGAGUGCGUACUCCGCUUCCACGAGGACAAGACCAUGCUGGUGACGACGCACAGCAUGGAAGAGGCCGACACCCUGGGAGACCGCAUCGCUGUCAUGGCCGAGGGAAGGCUACGUUGCUGCGGAUCGCCAAUGUUUCUCAGAGCGACCUAUGGCACGGGAUACUGGAUAAAAGCAUCAGUGAAGAACUUCAGCCAGGCCAAGGCCCUCACUCAGUUGGUGCGAGAUCACGUCCCUCGUGCGAGUGUCGAAGCCUAUGACCACCAGACACUCAACGUGAACGUGGGAAAUCCCGACACGGAGGUCCUGAUCCGGCUGCUCAAAAGGCUGGACAAAAACCGCGACUCCCUCCUCCUGGAAACCAUCUCGGUGUCCGUGGGGGCCCUCGAAGACGUGCUCAGAAGGGUCGAGCAAGGAUCUGACGACCCAGACCGCAGUGACGGAGGCACGCCCGAGUUGCCGGACUGUCCGUGCGCCCUGGUGGACGCGAACAAGGACUGUUCCGGGGGCGUCCGACCACAGUUCAGGCAGCGGGUCGGGGCACUGCUCCUCAAGAGGUUCCACUAUGGUCGGAGGGACUUCAAGCUGCCGGUCCUCAUGAUCUUCCUACCGCUCGCGGUCCUCUCUCUGUUCGUGUGGAUCAACCAGACCCACAUUUCGAGGGCGCUCAACUAUUCAGGGCUGCUGCAAUACGACCUCGCUCUGCUUUACGGCAAUAGCUUCGCUUUCUACGCGGCUGACGACAGCAUCCAAGGCGGGAUCGGCAACGCUUACGCCAGACUGCUGGAGUCCGAAGGAGGCGCAAAAGUGGAGCAUCUUGAUGGCGGCAUUGACCCAAAGACUUGGCUGGAGGCACAAGCCCGCGAAAACUACCAGCUGUACCGCAACCAUUACUUCAUCGGGGCCCAAUUCAAGAAGCGGAACCGGACGCAGGUACUUCAGCAGGCGGUCAUCCGGGGCACCAAAGAAAACGACGUUGACGACGUUAUUGAGGUGACCGCGUGGCACAGCGGGUUCUCGCCUCAGUCGGCCGCAGUCUCGCUGACGUGCGCAACGUGGGCCUUCCUCCCGGGCUGGCACAUGCGCGUGGCCAACCACCCUCUGCCCAAGGAGAGACCGGGACCCGAGCCGACGCCGCUGGUGGUCCUCAUAACCAGGCUGACGUGCGGCGUGUUCGUUCCCGUCGGGCUGGCCUUCCUCGCAGCCGCCUACGUCCUGUUCCCAGUGCAGGAGCGAGUGAGAAACGUGAAGCUGCUCCAACUGCUCGCCGGGGCGACUUCGGCUGCCUUCUGGGGCUCCGCCCUCCUUGUGGACAUAGUGGUGCAUGCCGUCUGUUCGGCGGUGCUUCUCCUGCCUUUCGUCGUGUUCGACUGGCACGGCCUCUACUCGGAUUCAGCGACUCUCGGGUUCGUGUUUUUGCUGAUGCUGGUGUACGGUUGGGCCUCCAUCCCAUUGGCCUACGUGACGUCACUGGUGUGCGACAGGCCUUCCACGGGAUACGUGGCCAUCGCCAGCCUGAGCAUCGUGGCCGGUUUGGUGCUGAAUACCGCCAUGACGCUAUUGUACACCCUGCCCCUGCUGGAUCCUCCCACGAAUAACAGCAGCAGCGAGAACCCCGGCUUGGACCUGGCGCUCACUGCCUUCCGAUUGAUCCCCAGCUUCGCGCUCACCUGGGGCCUCUCCAAUUGCCUCCAAAAUUCGCAGGAGCGGGUGAUGUGCGAAUACAUGUCGACGUUCGACCGCCUCCUGUUCUGCCACGACAGCAGCUUCAUCAGCGUGCCUGACCACCUGAACCGCUUCAAGGAGUGCUGCCCAGAGAAGUGCAAGGACUGCAUACUGGACAAGUCGUACCUGUCCUGGCACCAAAUGAGCAGUGGCCGUGACGUGGCCUUGAUGUUCAUCGUGGGCACCAUGGCCCUGUUGCUGGUCAUUCUGCUUGACUCGGACCUAACACGGUGGGCCAGCCGACGGGCACAAACGCGAGGAGGCGGACAGGAGCACGGAGGGGUGGUUCAGGAGCGCUCCAGAGUACGGAGACUCCUCUACGACGGACACCUCGAACAGCUCCAAGCUGCGCUGCUUGUGAGCAACCUGAGCAAGAACUACGGCGACGUCGAGGCUGUGCGCGGUCUCUCCUUUGCGCUGCGCAAACACGAAUGCUUCGGUCUGCUGGGAGUGAACGGCGCCGGCAAGACGACCACCUUCCGCAUGCUCGCUGGAGACCUGAUACCCACGUCUGGCAACGCGUUCAUCGAGGACGCCGACCUUGUGACUCGCAGGAGCAGGUACCAGGCUCGGAUCAGCUACUGUCCGCAGACGGACGUGGCCUUGGACCUGCUCACGGGACGGGAGAUGCUGGCGUUGUUCGCGCGGCUCAGGGGCGUCCGUGAGCAGAACCUGGCCGUCGUCAUCCACCAGACGCUUCACUUCGUGGACAUGCUCGAGUACGCGGACGUCACCAUUGGGACGUACAGUGGCGGCACGCGCCGUAAACUGUCCCUGGCCGUGGCCUUUGUGGGCAACCCCAGCGUGGUGCUGCUUGACGAACCCACGGCUGCCGUGGACCCGCCGUCAAGACGCCGCAUCUGGAGGAUCCUGAUCGCCUCCAAGCAGCACCUUGACUUGGCGAUUCUGCUGUCCUCACACUGCAUGCGAGAAUGUGAAGCCUUGUGCUCCCGCUUGGCCAUCCUGGCGGGCGGCCGCUUCGUCUGCUUGGGCUCCACGCCGGAGCUCAAGGCCUCCUUCGGCGCCGGUGCCACUGUCCUGGUGCGCGGCCUCGUCGACGUGGAGUCCCUGACGGCGGCCAUGACCGCUCGCUUCCCCGGAUCCGCCCUGCGGCGUCGGCACGCCAACUCCCUCCUCCGAUUCCACGUGCCCGGUCAGGCCUGGCACGUCCUCUUCACCGGCCUAGAAGAACUUCGGUCCGACGGCACGCUCCAGGAGUACCUUGUCAGCGACGUAAGCCUGACGGAAGUCUUCCUGCACUUCGCCAAGACGAGGUCGACGGUGUCGUCGCAGUCGUCGUUCGCGUCCACCGCCUAGCUGUCGUCCGACCUAGGCACCUCGUCAUCCCGUCGAAAUAUGUCGGUGGCUGUUUGCGCGAUCUAUUUGGAAGGGGGAGGGUUGGUGUAAUAAGGGCCCCACCAAAUUAGUUGAUUGAAUCGUUAAUUCUUUGAAUCAAAACGCCUAAAUAUAUUUACUAGGAAAGAAAAAAAAUAAUUACUGCCAUGCUCCGUUUCACAUAAAGAACAAUCGCAGCCGGCGCUACAAACCGAUUCAGCCAAUUAAGCAGCUGCAAAAAUUGUAUCGUAAAGAAAACCUAAAAAAAUACCCCAAAAUGAAGAAUCAAGAAAAAAAAUCGCUCUCUCAUUUUUUUAAAUAUUUAAUUACUCUUAUGUUUCGUGCCAGUUGAUUAAACGCAAUGGCCGCAAACAGCGCUCAAAUCGCGGACAAUGAAAAAAAAAACACAAAAAACACAAAAAAACAGUGUCUUUUAAUUUUGGGCGUGACGACCUGCAUAACGGCCCAGAUUUGUCAGGCCAUUACCGUGCAGUGUCUGUGAGCUCGAAUAGGCAAAAGUUAGGGUAACACUGUCGGCUGCUUUCCUCUAUUCCCUGGAUAGCAGACAAGAUUUGACGUUUCAGGUAGUUAACAAAUCAUAAAGUAUACAUGUCAAAGUACAGCGCACAAUUUGUGUGCUAUUUUGUCCUCCCAAUAACUAAAUUCAUGACUCCAUUACGACAAACAAUCGAAAAUGUAAUUUGUGUUUGCGGGAGUAUAUCAGAAAAGAAAGGGAUGAGGUGCACAUGAGUCUUUGGGAAGCUUAUGCUCUUUCUUAGCCGAAAAAAUGAACCACCAUUUGUAUAAUAAAAUGCAUUAAUACAAGA